UCUCUCACUCCAGCCAAAUCUGUCCAGUUGUCUCCUGGCGAGGAGAGAGCGCGCAUCACCUCCAGGAUCUGGAUACGUGAAGAGAAGUGCAGGAAAAUGUUGAGGGAAGGCUGCUGGAUGCUCCUGCUGGUUGUUGGUGUGUGUCACCUGGCUCAGGACGUUGGUGGUGAGGUGAACGUAACCAUGGUGGGCGACAGUGAAGUUUAUAUGGGUGACUCAGCAGAAAUCCGCUGCCAGUACAAGUUCUUGCAAAAUGCCAGCAUGGUGAUGGUGCAGUGGUUUGUGCGUGACCAUCGUGGAAGCAGAGUGAGGAUCUCCUACAGUGACCUCACCAUGCAGAAGGUUGAUGAGAACACAAACUACACGGAGCGAAUCAGCGUGGCCGGAGACAGUGGUGGAGAAAAUCUGACCAUUGUGGAUGUAAAACUGUCUGACGAGAGGGAGUUCUUCUGUCAGGUUGAUGGCCUGGCUGCUGGCAGUAAUGAGGGCAAGUUCCACCUGAGGGUUUUUGACCCUCCGGAGCCUCCUGUCAUUGAAGCUGUCCGUUAUGGAGUUUCUGUAACCAGUGUCUCACCAUCAAAGGUCGCGACAUGUGAGACAACGAAAGGAUUCCCCCAGCCGAACAUCACCUGGUACCGCAACCACAAGCCAUUACACCGCAGACAGGGCCAGGUGAACUUGAUAACCCUGGUGUCCAAGGACUCCACUGGGCUGUACACAGUGCAGAGUGAGCUCCAGUAUAAAGUGACGAGGGAGGACAAAGAUGCUCACUUCUUCUGCGAGGUCAGCUACUUCGUGCCCGGGGCGGUUCGAACGGUUGAGUCCAAAAGCGUCAACAUCAGCGUGCACUACCCCACUACCAAAAUCGAGAUGUGGAGGGAAUUGCCUGAGGGUCUGGUCAAAGAGGGGGACACAGUGGAGAUCCGUUGCCACGGCGAUGGCAACCCCCCGCCUGCCAUCACUUUCAGUCGAGAACAAGAAACAGACCUGGAUGCUGACGAUAACGUGCUGGUUCUGAAGGACGUGACCCGUAGAGACAGUGGCAUCUACCACUGCCAUUCUCUGGACCUGGACUCCAGGUCUGCAGACAAUAAUGAAGUGAUGGAGUUCCUGCAGCUUACCGUGCACUAUUUGGACCCAGCUGUGGUGGUGCCCAGAGACUCUGAAGUCAUGCUGAAAGGGGAGAACCUGUCAGCCUCUUGUAAUGCCCUGUCCUCACUGGAAACAAACACUGUGUGGUUUAAGAAUGGUGUCGAGAUUAAAAAGGGAAAUGUGUUGAAUCUACAAGAUGCAACAUUUGACACAGCUGGACACUACAACUGUGAGGUGACCGUUCCCUCCAUACCGGGUUUGCACACCAGUGGAUCAGUCCACAUCAUUGUGCAGGGUGCUCCACAGUUGCGAGAUGCAAAGAGGGAGAUGGAUGUAAUAGAGAAGGUGGGAAAGUGGGUGAAUCUAACAUGCGAUGUAAGAGGGCACCCAAGACCCAUCGUUACCUGGAGCGCCCCCAGCAUUACUGGCUGGCGUGAAGUUGUGAGAAGAGAGACAGAAGACUUUGUUCAAAGCAUUGUAACUAUGAAAAUCACUAGAGACACUGAUGUUGUGGCCGUCUGCAAUGCAACAAACAAGCUAGGGGCCGAUACCAAGACUUACACCAUCAGAAGCAUUCCAAUCGUGACCCCGGCAGCACGGAACACCGCAGAUAACAGUGGGGUGAUCAUCGUGGUCAUUAUUAUCAGCAUUCUUCUGGUGGCCAUUCUGGGAAGUGUUCUCUACUUCCUGUACAAGAAGGGCAAGUUACCCUGCGGACGUUCUGGUAAACAGGAGAUCAUUAAUCCCUUUAGCACCAAGGAGAAAACCAACAAGGAUGACAUUGUUGUGGAGAUGAAGGCGGAUAAGACAGAGAAGUCGGUACUACUAAAAGGUGUCAACGGAGAUAAGAAACCACCUAGUGACCAGUGAAUUACACUGAUCUACGCAAAUAACAUGGAAAGUAGCCAAGAACUGAAGAUUCCAACUGAAGCCUAUUCAGUGCCUCACUGACCCUACGAUCAGAUGUUAGGAUAUGGAUGACCUCCAGUGGAGCAGGCAUCUUUUUUGGACAAAGAGUACUCAGAAUCUUUGUACUUUUCCUUUAGUGAGCAGCAGUAUUGUUGAUUGGGCAUAUUGGACUAAAGUGAGCUUGUUCCAACUAUUAUUUUGUUUUUCUUUUCCAAACAUUUUCAUCAUGUUCUUCAAUCACCUGAAGGCUGUAUUGGCAGUAAUGUUUCCACACAUGGUCGUCAUAAACAUUAAACCGUGUAUAUAUUAUAUAUAAUAUUUAAUACUGAAGUCUCUCUUAAUUACCGCUUUAAAACACCCUGUCAACCUCAGCUAAAAUAGCAGAACAGAGCAUUGAAAUGUUCACUAUAUAUACAGAAAUCCUGUGAUGCACUCACUGCAGACCACAUUUUCUCUUUUCCGCAAAGCAUUUUCCCAUCCUAUGAAUGGAGAAAGCCCAUCUUCAUUGCAUUUGCCAAAAGAUUCUCAGAUUUCAAAGCAAACCAGUUCAAAGCUAAUUCAUGUUGUGUUUUCUGAUCUGAUCUCAUAAGCAGUAGGUAAUAAGUGGCCAGGAAACCAAUAGAAACAGCUUACUCGUGAAAAGAGAAAGAAACGUGAUUCCAUUACCUGAAGUUUUUUUUUUCGUUGUCCUUUGUAGAAACUACUGCUCAGCUCUUGUACUGUUUGUAAAUAUUUGUAGCGGAGGGAAACGUAGCUGUUCACUGCUAAGGGGAAUCCACGACUUCCUCUCUUUUUCUGCCUCGCGGCGCGUGUUUAUUUCAUGUAAAUGUUCUUUUACUGCGGCUUCUUUAAUGCUUGUUUUAUUCUUUUUGUGUGUAUGUACGUGUUGGGUGAAGGGAACAUUGUGAACUUUGUUUUGUCUCUUUUAAGAAAAGUUGAUGACUUUUGUUAAGGUUUUAAGGGAAUAGCUUAGUCAAAAAAGCUAAUAUUGCUAACAAUGGGUCUGAAAUCUGUUAUAAACUGACAGAUUGCGGUUGGCAUCAUGACUUCAUGCUAACAAGUCAAUUGUGAUUUUUUUUUCAAUGGUUAAUACAUAUGAUAAAAAAUAAAGGUGGUAAAAAAAUAUUUAAUUGUGAACUGAGCUGUUAGCCCAUAUAGCUGUUGAACUGUUAGCAGCAUUAGUGUGUUUGACUAAGCUAGUCCUUCAGUCCUUAAAGAGAGAGAGUAGCAUAUUGUGCUCUGGUCUUUUGGCUUGUUGACCUGUUGACCAUUGUCUGGAGGAGCAGGGGUCCUCCUCCUUUACUGCUGUGUGUAAGUAAGUCUUUUUUGUUUGUAUUCAUUCUUUAUUCAGAAAUUGAGACCAAUUUUCAAAGUUUAAAUUGCCAGUGUGUACCAGAUCCAGGUAUGUGCUGCCAUUGAUCUUAAUGUAAAGUUUGUGUUUCAACCCUACCAAAAGAAGACAACUAUAUUUGCAGUGAAAUAUCUUCUCGAUUUUAUUAUCUGGAAGUUAUUGUUAUUUAUGGUAGGUUGAUUAUGUUUUUUUGAGUUUUGGAUCCUAAACAUCAUUUAUGACUGACCCCAAAUGCAGCUGAUCAGCCUAGACAUGUUUGGAAUCUGAUAUGUUCUUUAGUUAAGAACAGAAGAUGCUAGUCUAACAGCGCUAACAAUCUCUUAUCUCUUAAGUCUUAGAUGCUUCCCAGUCUCUACAAAUAUAUGGCAAAAUCUGUGUUUGCUUAGAAAAGACUAGCUUUAGUCAACCAGCAUUAUCUUAUAUAAACAUUUAAGCUUAAUACAGUCGAAUUACAGUUUCUAAAAGCUUAAACAUACAAUUAGUCCUACUUUGUUGUAACCCGUGUUGAUUCAUCUGUGCAAAUCAAGUACAGAUUAGGAUGCAUUUUGAGUGCAUCUCCUAUUCUAAACUAAAGAAUUAAUUUCAGAUACCAAGCAUUCUUUGGCUGAUCAUCUACAUCUGGAAUUCAGUGAUAAAUUAUGUUAUUCAGAUUUUUUUUUUCAUCAAAUCAUUCCACUAAGUUUGGAUUACACCCAUACACCCAUACUGUCUCAGAUUUUGUUACUAACUUGUUUUGUCUAAAUUUGCAGCUGUCACAUUCUGUUCAAGUAAUACGUGAAAGGGACCAGCUGUGAAAGCAGAUUGUGCAUUUUUGAUUUUCCUUCAUUCAGUGUAAUACAACCCCCCUGGAAAACUACUGUAAGACAGUCUCUGGCCUCCUUGCUAAUCCAUGUACAGUAAAGCAAGACGUGGCUCACUAGGACAGACUGGAUCGAUGUACAUAAACAUGUUCACCUGUGCAGUUCCUUAAGGUUUUUGUAGUAAUGUUCUAGUUUUGCUUAUGUGUGUAAAUUAAGUACAUGUGGUUUAACGCUUGCAUUUUUUAUAUACUGUAUUUUUGUUUUUGCAACAAAAAAAACAAACAACAAUGCCAAAUAAAGUUAUGUUACAUUUAAAA